AUGCUGCAAACUCCCUCCCGAGCCUCCACCGCCUCUUCCUCCUCCUUCCAACCUAUCUCGCGCCAGAACACCAUGUCUUCCUACGAUGGCUCGCGGUCGGCCCGCCAGUCCAAGCGGUACUCCAUGUCCGCGCUGUACAUGUCCAUGUCGGCAAACGAAUCGGAGUUGGAGAUUGAAGAUGACCUGGCCAAAGCACAAAAAAUUCUGAGAGACCUGAAGUCGAAGAUCUCUUCGCAAUCUAAGAAAAACUUCGUCCUCGAGAAAGAUGUGCGCUACCUGGACUCUCGGAUUGCACUGCUCAUCCAGAAUCGCAUGGCUCUAGAGGAGCAAAAUGAAGUUGCGAACCACCUCGAAGACGCCACUGAGAUGCAAGAAGGCGCAUUCCCCAACGACGACAAGACCCAAAAGUACGGAAACCUAUUGUUCCUACUGCAGUCUGAGCCUCGUCACAUUGCGCACCUCUGCCGACUUGUGUCCAUGGCCGAGAUAGACUCUCUCCUGCAGACAGUCAUGUUUACCAUCUAUGGUAACCAAUACGAGAGCCGUGAGGAGCAUCUCUUGCUCACUAUGUUUCAGUCUGUCUUGACAUACCAGUUCGACAAUACUCCCGAGUACUCGUCGCUGCUUCGAGCUAACACCCCCGUGUCUCGCAUGAUGACCACCUACACUAGGAGAGGACCGGGCCAGAGUUUCCUCAAAUCUGUUCUUGCCGACAGGAUCAACAGCUUGAUCGAGCUUAAGGAUCUCGAUCUCGAAAUCAAUCCGCUGAAGGUGUAUGAGCGCAUGAUUGAGCAGAUUGAGGAGGACACUGGCUCCCUGCCCGCGUCACUUCCAAAGGGAAUCACGGGCGAACAAGCAGCCGAGAACCCGCAGGUCCAGGCCAUCAUCGAGCCUCGACUGACCAUGUUGACGGAGAUUGCCAAUGGCUUCUUGACUACCAUUAUUGAUGGGCUCGAAGAGGCGCCCUACGGCAUCAGGUGGAUCUGCAAGCAGAUUCGCAGCUUGACCAAGCGGAAAUACCCCGAUGCCAACGAUCAGGUCAUCUGCACCCUGAUCGGAGGCUUCUUCUUCCUGCGUUUCAUCAACCCAGCCAUCGUUACGCCAAAGUCGUACAUGCUCAUCGACGGACAGCCUGCAGACAAGCCGAGGAAAACCCUGACCUACAUCGCGAAGAUGCUGCAGAACCUUGCCAACAAGCCAUCUUAUGCCAAAGAACCAUUCAUGGCGAAGCUUCAGCCCUUCAUCGAGAAGAACAAGGAUCGCAUCAACAAGUUCAUGCUGGAUCUCUGUGACGUCCAGGACUUCUAUGAGAGCCUUGAAAUGGACCGAUACGUUGCCCUGUCCAAGAAAGAUCUUGAGCUUUCCAUUACGCUCAAUGAGAUUUACGCGAUGCAUGCUCUUAUCGAGAAGCAUAAUACGGAGCUUUGCAAGGAUGACAACUCGCACCUCGCGAUCCUCAUGUCAGAGCUGGGAGCGGCACCGGUCCAGGUCCCGCGCAAAGAGAACAGGGUCAUCAACCUGCCCCUAUUCAGUAGGUGGGAAACCGCUAUAGAUGACCUGACGGCCGCGCUCGACAUCACUCAAGAGGAGGUGUUCUUCAUGGAGGCCAAGACGAUUUUCGUGCAAAUCAUGCGAUCCUUGCCUCAGAACACGUCUGUAGCACGCCGGCCUCUACGCCUCGAAAGGAUAGCAGAUGCCGCAGCCACGUCGCGAAACGACGCUGUCAUGGUGCGCAAGGGUAUCCGCGCGAUGGAGCUUCUGAGUCAGCUACAGGAGCUCAAAGUCAUUGACAAGUCGGACGGGUUCAGUCUGUUGCGUGACGAAGUCGAGCAAGAACUGCAGCACCUUGGCUCGCUCAAGGACGGUGUCAUUGCUGAGACGCAGAAGCUUGGGGAGGUGUACAAGACCAUCCGAGACCACAACACAUACCUCGUUGGUCAGCUCGAGACCUACAAGAGCUACCUGCACAAUGUGCGUAGCCAGAGCGAGGGCACCAAGAGGAAGCAGCAAAAGCAACAGGUGCUCGGCCCCUACAAGUUCACCCACCAGCAGCUCGAGAAGGAGGGUGUCAUCCAGAAGAGCAACGUGCCUGACAAUAGGAGGGCCAACAUCUACUUCAACUUCACGAGCCCCCUGCCAGGUACAUUUGUAAUCUCGUUGCACUACAAAGGACGUAACCGCGGCCUACUUGAACUGGACCUGAAGCUCGACGAUCUACUCGAGAUGCAGAAGGACAACCAGGACGAGCUCGACCUCGAAUACGUCCAGUUCAAUGUCCCCAAGGUUCUGGCUCUCCUCAACAAGCGCUUCGCAAGGAAGAAGGGCUGGUAG